AGUCCUCGAAGGCGGCUAUUUUUAUACAUGUUCCUUGAUCAGCAUUUUUUUUUUGUAUAGACCCUUGACUUCAAGGCAACUUAUAAAUUAGUUUUUCCGAACACAAGCGACAAAUGGACAUGCCUUCCGUUUCCUUUAUUUCGGUCUUUAUCUCUCGCCCGACAGCUGUGAAGAAUUUAUUCGACAUCUAAUCUCGAAAUUUCGCAAUCUUUUUAUUUCGAAAGCGAUAACGCACUCUUCCAUCCCUGGAACAAAACCGGAAUUUCGUUUUUCCAGAAGACGAACGCUGAAUAUUGAAUCCUACAGAUCCAUAUCAAACAAGACGAUGCUCACAUGUUUUUAAGAGGUGUUUGUGAUAUUAUUUUCUGAUCGUGAUGUUUAUUCUACGGGCAGCAAAAUUUAGAAGAUUCUUUUCACUUGAAAAGUCACAAGUACUGGGAUCCAGGCACGCCAAAAAAAUAUGCUCAUCUGCUCCCGAAAGGGCCGAGACCCUCAUUAUCGGUGGCGGGGCCGUAGGGACGAGCAUCGCCUACCACCUGGCUCGCCUUGGAAUGAGAGAUGUCCUUUUGCUCGAGAAGUCUGAACUGACAGCCGGAUCCACUUGGCAUGCAGCCGGAUUGGCAGCCCUGUAUCAUCCGGGCAUCAACAUGAAGAAACUGCAUUACUACAGCAUCAAUCUGUUCUCUCAACUAGAAACGGAAACAGGACAGUCUUUGAGUUUUCACAGACCGGGGAGCAUCCGGAUGGCGACGACAGAAGAACGGAUGCUAGAAUUCAAGUACCAGAUGCAAAGGCAGGGCUGGCAACAGGCACCUCAAAAAAUCAUCGGUCCCGAAAAGAUUUCGGAACUGUUCCCUUUGCUGAACAUGGAUGGGAUUAUAGGUGGUUUGUAUAAUCCUUACGAUGGACACAUCGAUCCCUACUCGUUGACCAUGGCGUACGCAAGUGGUGCCAGGAAGUACGGUGCCACUAUCCGCCUGGGGAGCCCAGUGGAAGGUUUAAAGCUCCGGAAUGAUGGGGCUUGGGAUGUGGUGACGUCCCAAGGCACAAUCGUAGCCAAGAGAGUCGUCAACGCUUCAGGUUUUUGGGCUGAGGAGGUCGGGCGAUUGUCGAAUACAGAACUUCCUCUGGUACCUGUAGAGCAUCAAUACAUGAUCUCGAAGCCUCUGAAGGAAGUCCAGGGACUGAAGGUCGAACCACCUGUUUUAAGACAUUUGGAAGGAUCGUUUUAUUUGCGAACGGAACGAGGUGGACUCUUGAUGGGACCCUACGAACGUCCAGACAAAAUGAAAGUCAAAAAGGACUGGUCUAUCAAAGGCGUCCCAAAAGGAUUCGGAAAGGAGCUCUUCCAGCCCGAUCUGGAUCGUCUGACCGAUCAUCUGGAGAUUGCGAUGAAUCUCAUCCCGAUACUCAGGAACGCGGACGUACAGACGGUGGUCAACGGACCCAUCAUGUACACACCUGACCUUCUACCGUUGCUUGGACCCUAUCAUGACUUGCCCAACAUGUGGAUGGCUGUGGGCUUUGGCUACGGCAUCAUUCACUCCGGAGGAGCCGGCAACUACCUGGCCAGCUGGAUCCUGAACGGAGAACCUCCUUUUGAUCUCAACGAAGCGGAUCCGAAUCGUUUCGGCAAGUGGACGACCAGGGAAUACAUCUUCGAGAAGGCGGCAGAGACCUAUGGUAUGAACAAUAGCUACACCUAUCCAAAAGAAGAGCGGUUUGCAGGGCGCCCUACGGCGCGCGUUUCGGGAGUCUACAAAGCCAUGCUGAUCCGUGGCGCGGAAAUGGGUUUCCAUGCAGGUUGGGAACAACCUGCAUGGUUUUCCACGAAAUCCGACGAGAAGGGCUACAGGCCCAGUUUUCGCAGGACCAACUGGUUUGACGCUGUCGGCAGAGAAUGCGGCCUCGUGAUGAACAGAGUUGGGAUAUUGGAUUUGACGCCUUUCGCCAAGAUCGACGCCAAAGGUCCGGAUGCUGCAACCUUUCUCGACAAAAUGUUGGCCAAUAAACUCCCAAAGAUCGGAAGAACGAACAUCUCUCAUCUCCUCACACCUAAUGGAAAAGUUUACGCAGAGCUCACCGUGACGAGGCUGGCAGACGACCAUUUCUUCCUGGUAACGGGCUCUGGCUCUGAAAUUCACGAUCUCAGGUGGUUGAAGGAUCAUGCUCGCUCAUGGGGUAGCCGAGUGGACUUCCAGAACUUGACUGACGAGAUGGCCUGCCUGAGUAUCGCAGGGCCCCGCUCCAGAGAGGUCCUCGCCAAGCUCACUAAGGAGAGUAUGGAGGAGUGCGAUAUGCCUUUCCUCGGAGCCAAGGCCCUGCGAGUCGCCGACCUGCCCACCAGGGCCCUCAGGAUAUCUUAUACUGGCGAGCUUGGGUGGGAGCUGUACCAUUCGGCAGAGCACACUUUCGCCCUUUACGAAGCACUGUUGACCGCUGGUCAAGAAUUCGGCAUCGGAGACUUCGGAACUUACGCCCUCAAUGCUCUCAGGAUAGAAAAAGGAUUCCGCAUGUGGGGCGCCGAAAUGAAUAUGGACUCUAAUCCUCUCGAAGCCGGUUUGGAUUAUUUCAUUCGAAUGGACAAAGGCGAUUUCAUCGGGAAAGCCGCUCUCAUUCAGAUUUUGCGAGAAGGUCUGAAUCGGAAGCUGGCCUAUUUGAAGGUUCAUUCGAAAGAUGUGGACCCCGAAGGAAAUGAAUCUGUAUGGUGCUGUGACAAGGUGGUCGGCUUCACAACAUCUGGUUCUUUCGGAUACACCGUGAAGCACGGCGUUGCUUUUGCCUACCUGCCUCCCUUUCUGACAGUACCGUCGACGCAAGUGCAAGUGGAACUUUUGGGUGAUCUGGUGGAUGCAGAAGUGUUGCCAUCGGCUCCCAUCGAAAUCGAAGCUGCCCGAAGGAGAAAAGUGAAGCAGAAGUGAUUUUUCAAUCAAAGAAUUCACUGGCAGAAGUGUUCUCGAUGAACGAGGUGUUUUGUAAAACAGAAUGUUAGUUUUUAGAGCCGCAGUGUUGAUCUAUUUUUACAUACUUUUAUUCAAAUUGUCUCGUUUUCACAGAUCGAACUGUUUUUGAUUUGCUUAUAAGCUUGACAUUCAUUUAUGUGUUACUCUAUCGAUACACUUCAUAUUUUUCGGAUCAUUAGUUAAACUUUUAUCUUAAUUCUCGUUAUGGCUUCUGCUUGGCCAUGAGCUUGGUGAUAAUAGUUCUCAAGAUUAAAAGCUCGAGCAUUUUUAUUCAGAACACUGAAUGCUUUUAAAAUGUUAUACCUAUUAAAUUUCUUCGUGUAUUUUUGUUCAAAUUCUAUAGUCUUUUGGAGCUGAUUUUCCACCCAUUCCUUCAUGUUUAGGAUUGUUGAUUAUUUGUAUAUAUUCGAUGACAGAACGAUAUUUCAGAUUUUGAUUAUCAAAUAAUCAAUUAACUUCAAGCAAUUCUUAAAGUAAAUUUAUUUAUCUUGCACGAGUGAGAACAUCUGCCCUUAUAAUUAUAAUUUCAGAAAAACUAAAAAAACAGAAAGUAAUCAAUUAAAAUUUAAAAAAUAGAAAUAAUGAAUCAUGAAAUAAAGGCUAAAAAAUUGAAAAUAACGAGUUCUAAAUUAUAAGGUAAAAAUUAGAGGGUCAUAGAUUAAUAAAAUAAAAAAAGAUAGGUUAAUAAAUACUUAAAAUGAAAAAAAAAAAUUACUACACUAUUAUAAAAAUACGAUUCUUUUUUAUUAUUAUUAAAAUUAUAUUUCAAAAGUAAGAAAUUCUCUUUAGAACUUUGUUCAUUCUUCAUGCUCCUCCUUUGCCGCAUUUUACAUUGCAUUUUAAUAUGUACAGUUUAUUUUCAACAUUUUAAAUUACUUCUAUUUGCAAGAGAACCCGAGGAAAGCCUUCAGAUUUUAUCUACCAUUUUAUACAAUGCGUUCACUCUAAUCAUGGCUCAAAACUGCCAGUGAUAGCAGUUAUUUGAGAUUUUGUCUGGUUUUUCAAUUUUAUUAGAAAAAGGAUGCAAGUAAUCAUAUUUUAUGUUGUUCAAAUCAAUAAAUGCUUUGAUUAAAAAGCUGC